CUACACUACCCAGAGUGCACUGCGCGCCUGACUGUAGAGCGUUGGUUAUCCGGGGAUAUCGCUACUGCUAUUUCUCCUCAGUCUAUCGUUCUGCCUUUUAGAAGAUUGACACAACUAGGUAGGGAACAACAAAGAAAGGAAAACAAAACACAACCCAAAAAAUGGCAGAGCUUGGAGCAGGCAGCCUGUUACAGGGGGAUCCUGCUUUAACUGACCAAGAGCAGGAGCUAAACGAGCGUUUGAAGCGGCUCUAUCCGGCCGUGAACGAGGAAGAGACCCCCUUACCCCGGUCGUGGAGCCCCAAGGAUAAAUACAGCUACAUCGGGCUGUCGCAGAACAAUCUGCGGGUACAUUAUAAAGGUCACGGCAAAAACCACAAAGACGCAGCAUCCGUGCGAGCUACCCACCCAAUCCCCGCUGCCUGUGGUAUCUACUACUUCGAGGUGAAGAUUGUCAGCAAAGGGAGGGAUGGGUACAUGGGCAUUGGACUGUCCGCCCAGGGGGUCAACAUGAACAGACUGCCGGGCUGGGACAAACACUCCUACGGUUACCACGGUGAUGAUGGGCACUCCUUUUGCUCCUCAGGGACCGGCCAACCAUAUGGGCCCACCUUCACGACGGGUGAUGUGAUUGGCUGCUGCGUGAACCUCAUCAACAACACGUGCUUUUACACUAAGAACGGACACAGCUUGGGUGUGGCCUUCACAGACCUCCCACCCAACCUGUAUCCUACAGUAGGGCUACAGACUCCUGGAGAGAUUGUAGACGCUAACUUUGGCCAGCAUCCUUUUGUGUUCGACAUCGAGGACUAUAUGAGCGAGUGGAGGGCAAAGAUCCACAACAUGAUCGCUCGUUUCCCCAUCGGAGAGAGACUCGGAGAGUGGCAGACAGUGCUGCAGAAUAUGGUAUCCAGCUACCUGGUGCAUCAUGGGUACUGCGCUACUGCCAUGGCCUUUGCCCGAGCCACAGAGACCAUGAUACAGGAGGACCAGGCCUCCAUAAAGAACAGGCAGAGAAUACAGAAGCUGGUAUUGGAAGGUCGUGUUGGAGAGGCGAUCGAAGCCACACAUCAGCUGUACCCCGGACUCCUAGAACGCAACCCCAAUUUACUCUUCAUGUUGAAGUGUCGGCAGUUUGUGGAGAUGGUGAAUGGUACAGACAGUGAGGUACGAUGCUUUAGUGUCCACUCCCCCAACAACCAGGACAGUUAUUCCGGUUCCCCAAGCCUUAGCCCCCGGCACGGAGCCACCAACCCCCACCUGCACAGCACAGGAGCAGACAGUCCCACAUGCAGUAAUGGUGUGACGCCUUCUAACAAAAACAAAGGCCACACCAAAUACCCCGGAGCUGGCUCCGCCUCCUCUUCCCCUUCCUCCUCACCUUCCUCUGUCAACUAUUCUGAGUCCAACUCUACAGACUCCACCAAGUCCCAGCCACACAGCACCACCAGCAACCAGGAAACCAGUGAUAGUGAGAUGGAGAUUGAGGCGGAGCACUACAGUAAUGGUGUGGCCGAGAAUUCCUCUACCCGCAUCAUGAACGGCACUUACAAGCACCAGGAGAUCAUACAAGGGGACGACAGCAGCGUGGGCAAUGGAGUAGCAGAGGACAGCUGUGGCUCGAGGCAGCUGUGUGGGGGUAACCAGGCUGCCACGGAGCGCAUGAUCCAGUUUGGCCGCGAGCUGCAGGCGCUCAGUGAGCAACUCUCACGCCAGUAUGGCAAGAACGCCAUGCAUAAGAAGAUGCUGCAGGAUGCAUUUAGUCUACUGGCAUACUCGGACCCAUGGAAUUGCCCAGUGGGCCAGCAGCUGGACCCCACACAGAGAGAGGCCAUCUGCUCUGCUCUCAACAGCGCCAUCUUGGAGUCUCAGAAUUUACCCAAGCAGCCCCCCCUCAUGCUGGCACUGGGGCAGGCCACCGAGUGUGUGCAGCUCAUGGCCCGUGUGCGCUCCGGCUCCUGCUCAUUCGCCAGAGUCGACAACUUUUUGCACUAGCCCAAGUCCAGGCAAUGUUCAGGACAGUUAAGAAGAGGACUUUCCAGCCGGUUGCCAUGAGGAACACGCUUGUUUGAAACAGUGCAUUCACUUGCCGCAGGCAGUUCGGAUGAGAGAUGACUAGACACAUGGAGGAGAGGCUUCUUUUUAAUUUAGUAUUAUUAAAUACAAACUGUGUGACACUAUUUAAAGGCAAUUAAUUAUUAUUCUGUUUAUCUAGUCAUUUUUAUUUUAGUUUCUAUUUUGUCAGUUUGUUGUGCUCGCCUUGACAUUGAACCAGAAUUCCCUUCUUUGUUUUUAUGGGUGGAUUCAGUGCAUAGUAUUCCAGACACACACCAUAUUGAGGGUAAUACAUAGCAGUAAAGUCUUCUUCAAAUUCUAAGAAGCAACACACCUCCCUUAUUCAGAACUCAGGUAUUUCUGACACGUGUCAUUUAGCAUGUAGAAUGAGGUAUUGCUACAGCCAGCAGUACUGUGACUACUCAGUAAGGCUUUGCUUAUAUACAGUAUGAAUAUAUAUAUGUGUAUGUGUGUGUGUGUGUGUAUGUAUGUAUAUAUAUAUAUAUAUAUACACAUAUAUAUAUAUAUACACACACAUACUAUUUAUACAUACAUACAUACACAGACACACACACACACACACACACAUAUACAUACAUACAUAUAUAUAUAUAUAUAUAUAUAUAUAUAUAUAUAUAUAUAUAUAUAUAUAUAUAUAUAUAUAUAUAUAUAUAACAGAAAUUUUACUGGCUACUACACCACAGGUUUGUUUUUUGUAUUUGUUUGAAAGCGUGUUCAAGAUUUUUGAGAAGAUUCAGACUUCCCAUUUCACCUCCAAGCUAAUAGUUCACCUCAGGCACCAGCACUAGUCUUUUUAUUAGAUGCGAAUCAUACAGAUGUAUUGCAGACCCAGACUUGUUAAGUAUUUUUUUUACAAAGUCUGGGUCUCUCACUUCAAGAAAAGCUUCUAUUUUAAUGAUGAUCUUUAUAGAGUAAACUUCAGAAAUUAUGUAAGACCCCAUGUAAGCUUUUAACGUUUUUGGUCAGCUUUAUCAAAAUUUAACCUGUGGGUGUCUGUGUGUGGCUGCAAUGAAUAAAAAUAUGAAGUUUUUGUCAAAGAGAACCAAGAUUAGUAAUUUCGUUAACUUUGCAGCAUUGAAGCUUGGAACCUAAAUAAUUUGUUCCACUAAUUCCUACAUUUUGUAUCUGCUAGGAUAGUGUUUAUGACGAGGGGUUUCCUCAAAUUACUGACACCAUCUCUACUGAUUGUGUAGCUGUAGGUAUUAGACUGAUUAAGACGACUGUUGGAGACACUGUACAUCAGCUAUUAUAGAGUGGAAGAUCCAUAAAAUGAAUGAGGGGUUUGGGAUUAUGGUGGUUCUUACCUCUUUUGUUCUUUUCUCCAUCACAGGCUUUGUUCCUUAAUUCACAUUUCUCCUGAGUCCAUUCUCUCACUGUCUCGCUGUUGUGCCAUCACACACUGUGACAUUAUCACUACACACAAUACCGACUCAGUCACUGCAGGACGUGACCAAAGUGGUCUCCUUUCUCUCAUUUGGGUCAAUAUAUACAAAAUGGCACAUUUUUAUUCUAUGGUACUCACUUCUUUUAAUGUUUCUCUUGGCCUCUAACCAUAGACAAACCCAGUUUCUUCCCCAGAACCAGCCAUUUCCUUAGCAUUAAUUACUUUUCACUGCUGGUCACUGUACGAUUGUUACAUCCUUUAUUUUACACCUAUAUGUCCUGUUGUUUUUGAACAUAUUGCAUUGUUUUCUCAGUUAUACCUCUCUCAGAGUGCAAACAACCCUGUUCACGUCACAGGAAGCAGUAGUAGAGAUUACACAGCCUGUGCAAUAGCGGCAUUUGGUUGAUCUUUUCACCGAGCAGGUCCAAGGGUUCUGAACUUUUCAAGAAUAGUCCAGAGCUAUGUUUCUCAGUGGUCGGCAUGGAGUACCCCAGGCCUGCACAUUUUAAUAACUCGCCCAGUUCAACCUAGUUGAGGCUUGUUAAUCAGGUGAUGAGUUGAAGCAGGCGAGCUGUGAGCAGGGAAACUAUCCACAUGUGCAUGCGGUACUCCAAGACCAAGAGUGAGAAACAAUGGUCUAGAGUACACCUGGUUCAAGAUAAACAUGAGCUAAAAGCCAAACUGGUUCACAAAAGAGUAUACCAUUCUACCAACAAGUUCUUGAUGUGUUUAAGGCUACUCCUUUAGGUCAUACUUUGUGCACUUUGCAAUAGUGUGUUAAUUCAACAUACGAGUUCUCUUUUCUUAUUCUGGUACAUGAAUUGAUGAAGAUGCUGAGUGGUGUUGCAUGGAGACGUCAUGUAUAACAGAGCUAGAUCUAAGAGCUCGUACUUUUACUGAUCUGUACAUAGUAAAGCCUGUGUUUUAGGGGUGUUUUUAUAUGGCAAAAAAAAAAAUCUUCAGGAGCUCAUUUGGUUAUCCACCCAUUUUAAAAUGGUUGAACAUAGAGCUGAACCUCGAUCAGGGACCUACUAUAUACAAAUGAAGGAAAGAAUUGCGCUGAUAUCCGCCUAGGAAAAAUUUGUCCCUCUUUGCUUAUUCGUGUAGUGGCAUCUCUGCCUCAGAUAACGAACGAGCAGGACAAAUAGAACUAAGCUGAAUACAACAAGCUGUGCACAAUUUACUUCUGUUAUUAUUUCAAUUUUAUUUGAGUUUUGGUUUUAGCCAUUGUGAAAUGAAUUAGCCUCUACUUAGCAUGAACCUUUAAAUACAUUUAAAAACAAAAAUAAAAAAGGAAAACAAUAGCUGAAAAGAAAAAAAACAUACGUAUGUACUGGCAACAUGUUAAAGAAAUAUUGUACUCAUUUAAUUUUGACAGAAUUAUUUUUAUUAAAAUACACAUCCAUGAGCA